GGCGGGCCGGCGGGGAGCUUGGGUCCUCCGGGGGAUUAUCGUCGGGUGGGUUCGCGCCUCUGGCCGCCAUUUCUUGGUUCUCGGAGAAGCCGCCCCCUCCUCAGCCUCGCUCUGGAUCUCUCCCCUCUGAUCGCCGCUGCGCUGUCGUCCUGGCCCAGUGACAAAAAUGCUGAGCUUCUUCCGUAGAACACUUGGGCGUCGGUCAAUGCGUAAACAUGCUGAGAAGGAACGACUCAGAGAAGCUCAACGAGCUGCCACACACAUUCCUGCAGCUGGAGAUUCUAAAUCCAUCAUCACAUGUCGGGUGUCCCUUCUGGAUGGUACUGAUGUUAGUGUGGACUUGCCGAAAAAAGCCAAAGGUCAGGAGCUGUUUGAUCAGAUUACAUACCACUUGGAUCUUAUUGAAAGCGACUAUUUUGGACUGAGAUUUAUGGAUUCAGCACAAGUAGCACAUUGGUUGGAUGGUACAAAGAGCAUCAAAAAGCAAGUAAAAAUUGGUUCACCCUAUUGUCUGCAUUUUCGAGUAAAGUUUUAUUCUUCAGAACCAAAUAAUCUUCGUGAAGAGCUAACCCGGUAUUUAUUUGUUCUUCAAUUAAAACAAGAUAUUCUCAGUGGAAAAUUAGAGUGUCCUUUUGAUACAGCAGUUCAGUUGGCAGCUUAUAACCUGCAAGCUGAACUUGGUGACUAUGAUCUUGCUGAGCAUAGUCCUGAACUCGUAUCUGAGUUCAGGUUCAUGCCCAUUCAGACUGAAGAAAUGGAGCUGGCUAUUUUUGAGAAAUGGAAGGAAUACAGAGGUCAGACACCAGCACAGGCUGAAACCAAUUAUCUGAAUAAAGCCAAAUGGCUAGAAAUGUAUGGGGUUGAUAUGCAUGUGGUCAAGGCUAGAGAUGGGAAUGACUAUAGCUUGGGACUAACCCCAACAGGAGUCCUCGUUUUUGAGGGAGAGACCAAAAUUGGCUUAUUUUUUUGGCCCAAGAUAACCAGAUUGGAUUUUAAGAAGAAUAAAUUAACACUGGUGGUGGUAGAAGAUGAUGAUCAGGGCAAAGAGCAGGAGCAUACAUUUGUCUUCAGACUGGAUCAUCCAAAAGCAUGCAAACAUUUAUGGAAAUGUGCUGUGGAGCAUCAUGCUUUCUUCCGCCUCCGAGGCCCUGUCCAAAAGAAUUCUCAGCGAUCAGGAUUUAUUCGACUAGGAUCACGAUUUAGAUAUAGUGGGAAAACUGAGUAUCAGACUACAAAAACCAAUAAAGCAAGAAGAUCAACAUCCUUUGAAAGAAGGCCCAGCAAACGAUAUUCUCGACGGACUCUACCGCUGAAAGCAAGUACAGCAAAAUCUGAAGAACUCAGUGUUCACAGUAAUGUUUCAACUCAGAGUAAUGGUUCCCAGCAGGCUUGGGGCAUGAGAUCUGCUGUGUUUGCAACUCCUUCCGUUACCUCUGGUCCUGUGCUGGUGGAGAUAGAGAAUCUUCCAAGAAAUCCUGGGACAGACCAGCAUGAUAGGAAAUGCUUGCCUCUGAAUAUUGAUUUGCUAGAUAGUCCAGACUUACUGGAAACAACCAUAGAUGGUGUAAUUGGGGCACCUGACACUGUGGAAACAUCGCAAGCAUUGGAUGAAAUUAACAUAGCCACCAGGCAAAAUGGGUUAGAGGAACCUGAAGUUGAAGCAUUAAAAGAUGCGUCAGAGAAGCUGAAACAUCUUCAGAUGGAAAACAGUUCAUUACCACCCCUUCAUCCCAACAUCGAUGUUAACAUCAACAACCAGGAAGAAGUGGUGAAGCUGACUGAGAAAUGUCUUAAUAAUGCCAUUGAGAGCCCAGGAUUGAAUGCUAGGAGAGUUCCUCCUGACUUAAAGAGUAACAUUUUGAAGGCUCAAGUAGAAGCAGUUCAUAAGAUUACAAGAGAAGAUAGUUUAUUAAGUCAUAAAAACGCCAGUGUUCAAGAUGCUGCCACAAACAGUGCCGUAUUUAAUGGGAAUGAUGUGCCACUCUCUGAAGAUUCUCUUCCUCCAGUGCAUACCACACCUGCAGAAAAUGGUUCUAUUCUAAAGGAUACUACAGAUGAAUUGGAUGCCUUGCUUUUAUCUCUAACUGAGAAUCUAAUUGACCACACAGUCACACCUCAGGUAUCUUCAACAUCCAUGGUCACACCCCGGUGGAUUGUGCCACAGAGUAGUGUCCUUUCUAAUGGACUCACAGGAGAUGGACCAUCCUUGAUGGGGAAGGAGGGAUGUGGUGAUAGAGAUGUAAACUCGCUGAUCUCACCCCCAGCACCAUUCUUGGUGGACGCCGUGACCAGCUCUGCACCAACUUUGGCCGAAGAAGCCAUCUUGAAGCAGAAGUGUUUACUGACAACUGAGCUCUAAGGGAUCGCCUCCUCCCUACCUGUAACUGGAAUGCCUAGCACUCUUCAGCAGUCCAUCCUGGAAUCAGUUUCUACUGAAACCUGUUGGAUUCAGGAGCUUGUCUUUUACUCAUUGGGUAAAAAAGUUCUCCUAGAUUCGACUUCGACUCCAUGAAAAAAACAGCUACAUUUUCCGUCCAACUGGAAAGGUAUAAUUACACUGCAUAUUUUCCCAAAUGAAGAUAUCUGGUCUUUUACUUUCUUUAAUUUUAUUAAAGUUUUAAAUUCCUGAAAUAAGGGAAUUACUUUCCCUGUGGUUUCCUUCAAACUCUUGGCUCCACCUAGUGGUUAUAAUUUUUCAUAAUGUCUCCAUGAUGGCCGUCUCUGGUAGUCAACAGCCUAUUGAAUGUUAUUUCUCUCUCUAGUAUCAGGGUGAGUGUGCUUGACCUGAAUGCCUGUUAGAGAAAUUGCGCUUUCCAUGCAUUACCUGGAAAUCAGAAAUUUAUGAAAAUAAUGAAGACAAUUAUAUAGGUAGAUUAAGUGCUAGGUUUUUUGCAAGAAUUACUAAAGAGAAGUUUAGAAUACAGAAGGUUUUCAAAUAUCACUUAUACUUUUGACUUCUUACUAGACUGGCUAUCUUAAUGCUUCAGGUUUACAUCAAGGUAAGAUAAACCUUGAGAAGACCUAUGGGGAAGUCAAUUGCCUGUCAUAUUUUUAGCCCUGCUUUCCCACAGGGAGCACUCACAUGCACCACACAUAUUCUGCAACUUUUCAGCUUGGAAAGGGCAACAGUAGGUUGAAGAAACCCUGAGGCAUUUACCGCAGGCCCCCACACUUCUUCCUUAGCCAGAUGGGGAAUGCAGGCCUUCACAGACUCAGGUAAUGAAGGAGCAGCACAGUAGUCUCUGGGGCUGUCACUGCUUCGUAUUGGUACCUGUUGGGACAUAGGCUCUAUUUCUUUUUAACAUAAGCUGAAUAAAUUUAGAGCUUAUAAACUGAACAAAAUAAAAAUGCCAGGACAGAAAUGGGGAAUCGGGUAGGGUCGAUUUUGUGUUUUGAACACCUGCCUUGUCUGAAACUAUAUACAACACACUGAAAGAACUCAUCUCACAUUACAUUAGAAAUUUUAUGUUAGUUUUAAAAAUUGUCUAGAAUUUCCUCAUCACUUUUAUUCUGUACAAAAAAUUCUAGAUGCUAAAGUAGUGUUUGCUCAUUAAAGAAAAUAGAGAAAAGUAUAAAAAUAACCACCUGCAAUCCCAACAUCCAGAUACUGCUUUAUCUUUAAAGCUUUUGAAUGCAUAAGGUAAACCUCAGUUGCUGUUGGGAAUGAGGAUGAUGUGGAAACAAUGUUGGAAAAGUCGUUGUUAAUCCCUGUUGUCAAGGACUGAUAUUAAAACUAUAUCUCCUGGAAUUUGUUUUUUAGUUUUCUGCCCUGUGAUGUGGAUGUAACUAAGUGCUCAUUUAUGCUGCUCAGUAUAAAAGACCAUCCAAUUUAUGAUCUUUAAAACUCCUUGGUUUAGACUAUCCUGGGCUCCCUGUAGCAUAAUCAUGCUCAGGAAAACACACACUAGUGUCUGACCAGAAAGCUCAGGAAUUUUAAUCUGCAUCAUUUCCCAGAGAGCUGUAGAGGUUGGAAACCACUUUUGCACAAAACAGUUUUGCUGAAGGAAAAAAAGUUAGCACUUCUUGCUGGCUGCUCCCCUUAGCCAUUAUGCUAAGCUUGUGAAUUUCAUUGGUGGAGCUCUUGCCAAUUCUCAAUUGUAAAACAAAUUUUCUUGCAGCUGUAAAUGACACCUAGAACCAGGGGUUUGACCCACGACAUGUUGGACUGGACAUCAAAUUUUCAGUGUACCAACAACCCUAAAUGUACUGAAAGGUUAAAGUUGUGCUUCCAACCACAGAACAGUUAAGGCAUUACUAUCUUGGGAGGCCUAAAUUUCUCAUCCUCAUUUUAAACUUUCUAAAAUUUAGGUAUUGUUAAAAAUAUUCUGUAACCUUGCCAGUCACAAUAUCAAUAGGGACUUUCUUAAAGUUCAUUUGAAUCUCAAGUUAACGGGAAAUUUCAUCUCAAGUCCUGACAUGAAGUGAUAAAUAUGGAAAUUAAUACUUUAAUGAUGGAUUAGCCCUGACAAAUUAGGUACCUGUCAAGUAUACCUUUCCUGUCAUAUCUGCUGCUGGUGCCAUUGCAGAGCUGCUGUAACACUCAUCUUGUUCUGCUCAUCUGCGAAUGGAGAGGAGGGAGGGGCAGGGCUGAGGAUAUCUUAACAUGUCGGGGAAGGGGAAAAGUCUAUGAAGAGAGAGAAGCAUGCAUGAGUCAGUAAGGGCAGUAAGGGAUGCUAGCAGAGGGAGAUUUGAGAUGAUACUGGAUAAGAAGGCAGGCUGGUUACACUGAAGCGGAAAGAGGGACAGCUGUGGAAGCACUACAGGCGGGUGACCUUCAGGUCAUAGGACCGCAUUCCAAAGAUUAGAAUCCACCUGCACAUCUAAACCAUCUGAUAAACUAAGUAAAGGUCUGAUCCUCAGAUGAGAUAAAAUAGCUCUACUUGCUAUUCAAAAUGACCUGGUUGGGCAGGAAGUUUUUCUAUAUUUAGAUGAGGUUCCCAUGCAAAAGUACAAUAGAGCUAAAAAGAAAUAUUGGCAAUGUUUAAUUAGGAGUAGUGAGAACAUGUUUGAAAAGAGCAAGAAUAAUAGUUUAUUUCAGCACUCCAGCUAGAAAGCUGAUAGCAUUCCUCCAUUGGAAGGCAGCUUGGAGGGGAUUUACAGCUGAGAUAAGACCCAGGUCAGCAAAAACUAACAGAACGCUGCCUUAGCCACAGGCUCACCUACUCAGUGGUUACUUUCCCGAUUUUCCAGGACCAGAUUUUACUCUGGUAACUCAUUAACAACGAUGAUAGGACUGAUGACUGUGAGCGGAUUUUAGGCAAGCGCUUCCUUUGUCCUCUUGCCAUUGCCUCGUUGGUCUGAGGGGUGUUGCUGCCUCCACUUUCUAAUGGUUUGCUGUGAGAACACUUAGCACAGCGCCCUGUCGUAGCUGGAGUGCUGCAGGCCUUGAGAGAGCAGAAAGGACAUGAACCUCAAAUCAGGCCACUUUCCAGCCCUGGUAGGGGAAGGGAGAGUUGGCAUGGCGGUGUAAAAUAAGAUUGGUAGGUUUCAGCUUUCUGCCCUAGACUCUUCUUCAGAACUUGUAAUCAAUGAAAUCCUACUUCUUACUAUUUGUCAGUAGUAUACAUGGGAAGGACUGGUUGGUCUUCCAUUCCUGCCCUUGUGGAAACACUAAUGUACAAAAGAAUGAUUAGGUUCCUUUGACCUUGAUAAAUUUAGAUGUACCUUUAGCAGCUUUCCUUAAAUGUUCAUGUUGUUUUAAGAAAAAUUCUUUAAAAAAAUAUUUCUUAUUGUCAACUAACUUUUUUUUUAAUCAGCUUUUGCAUAAGCACAGAUGUUCUUUGGACAAUCCAGGAUGAAAGCCCUGAAUUGUUCUUCCAUCUUGUCUGCUCAUCCUCUUAUGCUUCUCACUUCUAACUAAAAUUGUUGCCUCUGUCUUCUCUGAGAUAAGGCCCAGAAUGAAAGCUCAGGUGUUAGAGCAGAACUACUUGGCAGUCACUUACAUAGAGAAAAAUCUUUAAUUUUUUUUCUAUAACUAAAGGUCUUGAGAAGCAAAGUCUUGUCUUCUCAUUUUACAGCAGGGGUCAGCAAACUUCCUGUAAAGGGCAGAGAUAGUUAAUACUUUACUACUCAGCUCCGCUGUGGCAGUGCAAAAGCAGCCUAGACAGUAAUAGUAUAUGCUGCGGCAUGGCUGUGUUCCAGUAAAGCUUUAUUUAUAAAAAUAGGUGCUGAUUCUCGAUCUCAAGAUUUCUAGAUUAGUAGGGUGGUCCCCUGGCAAGUCACACAGGUAUUCAGAUAGGUUCUGCAGCGUCGUCUGUCACUUGGGGGCACCUGCCAUUUCUAGACGUGGGCAGCCUCCGUCAUACACGGACAAGAUGCAGUCGUGAGUGCCCAGCUCUCAGACAGUCUUAGUGAGGUCUCCUCACCAGUUUCCGAUUAAUCUUGCCCUAGCCUUGUACUUACUUAAAAAGUUGGAAUCUUUUGCAGACUGAAGAAUGUGCAUUUCUAUAUUAUUUGUCUUUUUCCCUCUCAAAAAUUUAAAUACUCUGGUUCUUGAAUGAUCAAGAGGAAGUUGGAAGCUUUUCUUACCUAUCAGCCCCCAGGCUGAAGAGAUUUGUCUGGAUUAUAGAAAUGGGCUCUGGGCCCAACUCCGCUGUGUUAAUGUGAUGAUAGAGCCAUGAAUAUUUCCAGGAGAAGAUCCGUAUGUCUCUUUAUUACAUACUUGAGACAAUAAUUCUGUCACUUCCCAGGAUUUCUCUUUAUCAGAGAGGUGUCUUAGCACAGAGUCCUUGCUCUUUUUAUCUUCAUAUCUGGAUAUGAUAGAUAGUUAUGAGGACCUCACUAACUAUUUCGUAUUUACUUUUUAUAUGUGUAAAGCUCUGCAGUAACUUUUAAAGUAUAAUUUAUUUUUAUAUCACGUGCACUAUUCAUUCAAUGUAUCCCACGGUUUUAUAUGACUUGUGUUAGAAGCACUGCACUGAACUGUGAGUUGUUAGUAUUCUGAAAUGACAACUGUAGAUGUGACCACAAAUAAAGCUUUUGUGAAACACGG